GGCACCCGUAUAAAUACGACAAACUCCUUCCUGAAACGUGCAGAAAUCGGCGCGGGGCGAAACGCACCGCGUCAGCGCUUACAAGUCUGCGCAGGCACCGACUAAGUGACAAAGUCUUUAAAUAAGGACCAAACAAGCCAGUGAAUAACACUGGUUUUUGACUUGGCUGUCAUUGGAAAUUUGAUACUGGCUUCUCUACUUUCAACCUUCUCUCUCUCUGUCUCUCUUACGCAUACACUUCAAAAUGACCGUCACUGAGCUUGGAUGCUGUGGUGUCAAGCCUGGCUUGAAGAUUCUGGAUGAAAAUACACCAGAGGGCCAGAUUUUCGUUGGAGUCUACAAGACGAUCAUCUCUUCCCCAGGAGCCCCUCACCGAAUCUACCUGGGUGUCGAUCUGGACGAACCGUCCAAAAUGUAUGCACUCUUCGACUGGGAUUCCGUCGAGCACCACGAGAAUUUCGCCAAAACGUUCGGCCAAGACAUUCAGCCGGACCUGGCCAAAGUUUUGACCCAUGGCGAGUACACCAAGCACAUUGCCGCUACGCCAUCCCUUCAAGAGGCCUUGACGUCUUCCGUGACCGACGUGUUUCUCGUCUACUACUCUCCCGACAUCUCCGCAGCCGAAAAAGACAAGGUCACGGCCGAUUUCGGGAAGAUUCUCGAUGAGCGCUUUCGCCAACAUCCCGAUGUCGCAGCUUUUAGUUACGGGUGGGGACUGCAAAAUGAUUUCCCUGUGUACGGAAAGGAUGGAGGGAAGGUCGGGUCGCUUUUCUCGGCGUUUGUGGGGUGGUCUACCACUGAGGCCAACACCAAGUUCCGCGAGUCGGGUGCACACGAUGCGAUCCAACAGUCGAUUCGGGCCUUGGAUGGAGUCGUGGAGCUGAAGGCUCUCCGCCUCGCUUGUAAAUUCCUCGAGAAGACAGCAGAGUAAAGAGAUUGGAGGGUCACACUGUAACUAGACCACGGGCUCGGAACACAUGUGGGAUUGAGUAUCGAUAGUCUAGGGCUGGGAUCGGAUUCACCUAGUUCUCAUAACAUAUGGUUGUAUGUAGCUGUCAUCAACUAUGC